GCACAGUUCCAGCUGACAGAAAGUGAAGCCAUUUCCAAACGAUCUUUAUAGCUUCAUAUUAAGCUCCUGUCUUAUCAGUUAGCGGGACAAAGACUUCCGGAGGAGAUUUGUGUUUAACUGAGGUGUUCAUAGAAAUGGAGAAUAGCGAUGGAGAGAAGACUGAAGAAGGUGAAUCCAAGCCUCCUCCGAGUACGCAACCACUGUGCCGCUUCUUCUCUCAAGGACGUCACUGCAAUUUUGGGCAGAGAUGUAAAUUCCUGCACGUUAUAGAUGAUGGCAGGAUGAAUGAAAAGAAGGCUGUCCGGGCAGACGGCAGGACAGAGGCCACGCCCACAACCUCACCUGCUGGAAAUGUAGGCCAUGGGCUACCUCCUCUUCACAAACCCGUUGUUGUGCCAGCAGCUGCACGUCGACCCUGUCGCUAUUUCAUCUCGGGCCACUGCACCAUGGAGGACAGAUGUCGAUUCUUUCAUCCGCCGCAGUUCCCCUCGGUGGAGGAUCAGCCUGCUGCCGCGAGUCAAACCACGUCCGCACCAAAGAAAACGCCGGUGUCUCGCCCUAGCCCGUUCCAGGACGUCAAGCUUCGUGACCUGACGGAAGACAUUGCCAAGCAGCUCCGAGAAACAGAGAUCCAACAGCUGAAGAAACGUUUUCCCAAAGAUCAGCUGAUUAUUCAAGAACGCAGUGAUGGUAAAGUGACUUACUACCGUGUGACUGUGGAGGCCAGCGAUCCAGACUGGCCUUUUGACCUGAAAGAAAUCGACAUCAUGAUGAGCUUCCCAGACAAUUACCCCCAGGAGAUUUUUACACUGGAAGUCCCACUGGAUCAGGACCUACCACCAGUCAUGGCCAGACAUGUGCAGCAGUCGUCGCAGGAGUGGCUUCAGGCCAAACACGCAACCAAUCAGCUUAUGGGAAAAGUGGAGCUGCUUUUUCGACCUUUCCUGCGCUGGCUCGAUCGCAGCCUGGAGAGACUGUUCACUGAAGGAGCCAGGCAGUUGAAAAAAGACAUUGAUCUGGAGAAAGCCGGACUGCAGUUCAUCACCUAUCAGGAGCUGCAGGCGACGGCGUCUGAAAAGUCGGAGGCCGCUUCGGACACCGCCGCCACGGCCACAGAGAAAGAGGCCAGUGAUGCAGGAGAGAUUAAACAUCCAGAGAGUGAGGGGCCGGUGGAAGGAGAGCAACAGCAGGAGAGUGUCGACUGCGAUGAGGAGCAGCUGCAGGAGGAAGCCAGUCGUCUGGUGGAGAACAUUAAGAUUCAGGAUCCUCGCCGAGGCACCGAGAUGAAGCUGCUGGGUCUGAGGAUGGGAGAGAACACAGCCACGCUAGUCGCCAAUCAGAUUACCGUCUGUCUUCAGUGCAAUAGAUGCAAGGUGACAGCAGACCUGACCCUCAAUGGGAGGACCCCCUGCGCAGCUCAGUGUGAGAACUGCAACGCCAGCAUAAAUGCAGCGUUCAGGCCCUGCAUGCUCCAUCAUUACAGUGAUGUUCUGGGUUACUUGGACCUGCACAACGCGGCCCCGACCGACCUUGUGCUUCAGGACUGUGAUCUCACCGUGGGGUGCCUCAGCUGCUCGCAGGAUGGCCCUCUCCAGAGUGUCUUCUAUGGAAAAACCAAGGAGCUGAACUGCGAACACUGCCACAGCAAACUCAGCAUCCUGGCUGAGAGCACAAGAUUCCAGUUUAUUCAGCCUCGCAGCAACAAAACAGUUCCAACUAACCUUAAUUACAGGACCAUCAGAGAUCCUGCUGUGCAAAAGGGAAAGCCACUGCCAGAGAAAGGAACGUGCAAACAUUACAAGCAGAGCCAUCGUUGGCUGAGGUUCCCGUGCUGCGGCCGGGCUUACCCCUGCGACGUGUGCCACGAUGAGAACCAGGACCACCCCAUGGAGCUGGCCUCCCGCAUGAUUUGUGGCUACUGCGCCAAAGAACAGCCAUACGGCAACGGAAAGCCUUGCAUCAGCUGUGGGAGCAUGAUGACGAGAGGAACACGCACCAGCCACUGGGAGGGAGGGCUGGGCUGCAGAAACAGAGCCAAAAUGAGCAGAAAUGAUCGGCAGAAGUACACCAACACCAACAAAACAAUUUCCAGGAGGGCAGCCGGUGAAAAGAAGUAAACUGGAGCCUUUCCACAUGAAGAAUGAACGAUGAUUUCAAUGAAAUUCUCUAUUUGCACAAUAAAUACUUUUUAUGAUUA